UCGACAUUUCGCGUCAACCAUCAUUCAUCAUCAAAAUUUCCAGUGCAUGAAAAACUAAGAAAAUAAUGAAUAAUAUUUCGAGAGCCAUUCUCCAUUCACGAUCUCUCAUAUGGAAUGGCUUUUACAAUUCCUUAAGACUCAUACAAAAUUCAACAUUCUACAGGAGACCACUUCCAAUCAGAUCAAUAAUGCAUAAACCUCGGACAACAAACCCUCUAGCUCCCACAACAAACUAUCUAGGGACACUACUGAAGCCGAACAAAAUAUCUGACCUAAUGAUAAGCAGAAAUAUCCGUUUGAGCAGAAUGGCUCAAGACGAAAAUAAAAUUUAAGUACUUACGAAGGGUAUGGGACCCUUCUUUUUCAGAAGGAGCUUUCAUAUAUGGAUCGACGCACGCUGUUUGUAGAAUAACUGAAAUAAUCAACAGUAACAAAGUGGCUGAAUUCGAAGGUCUACUCACACCACCAGCGCGAAUGAAGUUGAUCGAAGACAUGACGAAAAAACUGACCAGGACGCAGCGAGAGAUCAUAAAGAUACAUCCUAGGGACAUAAAGAUUUUAGUACCCAUGUCGGUUGAAUUGAAGAACAACGGUUUGGAAAAAGAGUGCAGGAUCUUGAUGAGAGUUCUGGCUUUGAAGUGGUUCCCACAAAGAAGUGGGUACUUGAGGCUUGUCCUUGUGGCCUUACAAUCCGAGUUCUCAAAAGAUUACACUAAUGGCAUCGAUCAGGAUUGGAAUAUAAGCGGAUUCGAUGUAAUGGAAUGCACAGUCUUAACAGAAACCCCUUCUAACACCCUCUGAACUUUAUCGAAUUGUCGAAAUUACGAAAAGAAUGGUCAGAAAAAAUGUGGAAAGUGGAAUAGCUUUUGAGACUUGAGGAUUGAAGCGCUUCAAGGUUUGUAAGAAAAUUUCAAGAACGAAUCUAUCCGGAUAAAGAGAGCGAAGAAUGUUUUAGAAGCAAGAAAAUGUAAGAAAAAGAAAACAGAAGCAACAGAAGAAAUAUUUCAUUGUAACCAUGAAACAAAAGUGGACAUAAAACAUUUUUGAGCACA